GACCGCGACGUUCGUGCAGCGCUGCUUCCUCCCGACGGUUUCGCUUUCAGUUCCCUAUUUUUGGCGAACAUUUUCCUUGGUUCCGGGCUUUCCAAGGCUCAUCCGCUGAAGAUUUUACUUGGCUAGGAAAGGUUUGGGGACCUUCUGGGUAGAGAAUUUAACCAAAAAGUUACCCCUUUUCCGUCGGGAUUUUAUCGUUUUGCACUAUGUAGCUGUUUCUUUCUGGAGGCAUCUGUCUGCUCAGCGCUUUGUUUUUCCUCCCCUCUGGCUGGGUGUCAGGGUCCUCAGGCGGGCACCUUGCUGGUGGAUUCCAGCCCCAUUGUCUCUUCUUCAGAACCCUGGGCCUGGAGUUUUUCUCCCUUCUUGCUGAGGUUCAGUUGGUUUGGAGUUGUCAUGGCAACACUUUAGCAACUGUUGUUCUGGGCUUGGUGAAUAAGACAUUGGUGUUGAAGAGGAUACGUUUACGCUUAAAGAGGGUACACUUGCACUUUUGGGUCUAACAAACGACAUCAAUCUGGAUGCCACAAAACAGGAGCCCUGUCACUGUAAUGGGUCCCAAAGGCCAAGUCUGGUAUUUAUGGUUCGGGAGGGUUUUCCAAUGGCAGUGGGCUUCAGGUUUCCACUUCCUGGAUUUGAGAACAGAAAUUUGUUGGUGUUCAGUGUGUGGCAGAGCAGCUGGAAGAGGCAUCAGCAUCUGUGGCCCUGUGGUUUUCGAAGGAGUUGUUCUAAAUGCUGCCUCUUCUGAUCCCUGUGUCCUGGCAGAUUAUGAUAGCUGUGCUCAUAAUCCAUCAGUCUUCCAGUACAAUUAUCCCCUCCCCACUGAGAGUGAAGUGAUAAUGGAGGGGGAGCGAAGCUGUUUGUGGAGUUGCCUUUUCAGUCACUGCAGCCCAUUCUUCAGCAUCAGAAUGGAGGAAACUGGUUGUCCCCUGCAGAUAAUUGGGUUAUGUUCCUGGCUGUACUUCAUGGAGCCUAAGUUCUAACACAGGGGGCUGUUCAGUUUCCUAGAGUCACUGCAAACACCUGAUUUCUACCAGGACUUAGCACUCAGGCCAGUGAGGCGGGGGGUACGAAGACUUCCAAAGAAGGACCAGUUCCUCGGAUGUGCGGCCUCACAGAGAGAUGAAGGGGCAGCAGAAAACAGCGGAGACAGAAGAGGGGACAGUGCAGAUCCAGGAGGGUGCAGUGGCAACUGGGGAGGACCCAACCAGUGUGGCUAUCGCCAGCAUCCAGUCAUCUGCCACCUUUCCUGACCCCAACGUCAAGUGAUGUACAGGGUGAUCCAGGUGUCCGAGGGGCAGCUGGAUGGCCAGACUGAGGGGACUGGUGCCAUCAGUGGCUACCCUGCCACUCAAUCCAUGACCCAGGCAGUGAUCCAGGGUGCGUUCACCAGUGAUGAUGCAGUCGACACAGAGGGAACAGCUGCUGAGACGCACUAUACUUACUUCCCCAGCACUGCUGUGGGAGAUGGGGCAGCAGGAACCACGUCGGGGAGUACAGCAGCUGUUGUUACCACACAGGGCUCGGAGGCACUGCUGGGACAGGCCACCCCUCCUGGCACUGGUCAGUUCUUCGUGAUGAUGUCACCACAAGAAGUGCUGCAAGGAGGAAGCCAGCGCUCCAUUGCCCCCAGGACCCACCCGUACUCCCCGAAGUCAGAAGCGCCCCGGACGACUCGGGACGAGAAACGCAGGGCUCAGCAUAAUGAAGUGGAGCGGCGCCGCCGGGACAAGAUUAAUAACUGGAUCGUGCAGCUGUCCAAAAUCAUCCCAGACUGCUCCAUGGAGAGCACCAAGUCUGGCCAGAGUAAAGGUGGUAUUCUGUCCAAAGCCUGCGAUUAUAUCCAGGAGCUUCGGCAGAGUAACCACCGGUUGUCUGAAGAACUGCAGGGGCUUGACCAGCUGCAGCUGGACAACGAUGUGCUUCGCCAGCAGGUGGAAGACCUCAAAAACAAGAAUCUGCUCCUCCGAGCCCAGCUGCGGCACCAUGGGGUGGAGGUCGUCAUCAAGAACGACAGCAAUUGACUCUGGGUGUCCCUGUCACCCAGAAAGCCCAGGAACAGCAGCUCGCCCUGUGCCCUGUUCCUUCAUUGCCCAUUUCUGGCACGAGACUGGAGGAGUUCAGAAGGUGCCUGGACAGCAGCCUGCAGUGUUGUGAAAUACGGGUCGCGCACUGACAGUCUGGCCCAGCCCCACCGUGCAAUCCGAGUCCCUGUAACACAGUGCAGGCUCUGUGUCCAAGCUGGAUACUGGACACACCCAGCGGGGUGCCUGCUCACAGUACCAGCAGAGGGUCUGCUGACAGGCGAUGCCCUAGCUGUCCCCGGACUCGCGCUUCCACGGUUCUCUCUUCCCCUGGAGCUCAGGUGUGCACCCGAGGACCCCAGGGAGCAGGCUUCAGCAAGACCUGGGGGAAAGGAGCAGUGGCAGCUGUCCCAGGAAGAGAAGCUGGGCAGCAGCUGAGGCUUAUGCAGACACCCAGGGAGAACCCCAGGCAGGGGCCCACGUGAGGCCUUCCCCUUGUGGGGACGAUUCUCUCCCCCUUUUCUUCCUUUUUUAAAGAUAAACUAUUCCGAGCCACA